AUGCUUCCAAAUCCAGAUCCAGCGCAGAGAGCCAGGUUUGCUGCUGACAGUAUGACUUCAACUGGACAAAACUUGUUCCAGCUCAUCAGACUUCUGAGUGUAUCAGCUUUAGCUUUGCUGAUAAAAAGUCAACAAAAGGAUUAUCCUGUAAAAAUCCAGGGAUAUUAUUGGAUCUCUGUGGGCGUGAAGAUUCUUAUUUUAAAAACCAUGCACAUCUUUGAUAAGGACCUAUGCUCCCUACAGUACAACAUUGGACUGGAGCUGGAAAUGUUCCAUAUAAUUGAAAGCCCAUUAGCUAAAGCAAGAGGGCAGAACAUGACCAUAUUUUGUUUUAAUAGGCUCGGCUAUUAUCCUUGGUACACAUUACAGGAAGUUCUUGCUAAUGGUGGCCCACCCCAGAACUUCAGUUUGCAAACUCAUCUGGAAUAAGCUGGCUGUGACAUUAACUCUUACAUCCCAGCUAAGGACAUCAGUAGAUUAGUUGUCAUAGCCUGGAAGCACCAGAGGCCUCAGUGGGCCUGCAACUGGCAUGCAAAAGAAAUCUACAGAGAAAAGUCCAGGAAACUCAUAACUGAAAUGGAAGGGAUUAGUUUAGCAAAUAAUGGUGAACAUUCAGCCAGACUUCCCUUUGAAGAAAGUGAAAAGGCUUUUAUUAACAAAAGAAUUGCAUCAGGAAUGAAAAGCAGACCAAAGGGCCUGUGGGGAUGCUAUUUAUACCCUAACUGUCCCAGUUACACUUUCUGUGAUCACAACUACACUUGUUUCUGCCCAAAGAGUGAAGUUUUGAUUAUUUCCUGGCUCUGGGAUGGCAGUGCAGCCCUGUAUCCUUCCACUAACAUUAAGAAAAUCCUUGGAAACAGUAAAAACAUUUGGCAUUUUUCUCAGUUUCGGGUGAAUAUCCUAAGGAUUUACUCCAUGACAUCCCAAGAUUAUGCAUUGCCCAGAUUUGUGUAUGCUUGGCUAGAUUAUAAAGAUGAACCUUUAUUAUUUCUCCCUAUGGCAAAUCUUAUUAACACUUUUGGAGAGUGCCUGGGAACUGCAGGUAUUGUUAUUUGGUUAGGUGUGAAUUCAACUUCUUCAGAAGCAAGCCUAGGCCUGAUUUAA